ACUUAUGGAAAAUGCGGGUGUUGAUUUGAGUGGUAUGGAGUCUCGAGACUUAUACAGUCACGAGCUUCUGAACGAGAGUUCACUGAACAAAAUGGGGUAUGUAUUCAAUGCAAGAACAAAUUCGUGGGAAAUGAAGCAGAGAAGGAGAAGAGGAGGACAAGAUAAUGAAGGUGAGGGGUUUGAUGAUGAAGAACAUGCCGAAGAAACUGAAGAAGCAGGUCCCUCACAAGCUGCUUCAUCUCGAGUUCCUCAGAGAUUAAGCACACAGAGAGGAAUGCAGCUCAUUCUCGAGAGACUUACACGGAUUGAAUCGAAGCUCGAUGAUAACAUUCAUGAGUGUCAGAUGGCAGCACCUAUAGGUCUUCGAGGGAGAAGAGGAGAUCCGUCUACUGCUGGCACAUCCUCCGAACAGCAACCACCUGAUCCCUUUUCACAUCCGGACGCAUAAAUCCGAAUGUUGCAGUUGUUGAUGCCUGUUAAAUUCUCGUUUUAGUGUAUAAACAUUGUUUGGAAGGUUUUAUUAAUGUUCUGACUUUUUAUAUAUUUGAAUAUGUACAUAUAAUGUUGACAGUAGAUGCAGUUUUAAUAGAAAUGAGCAUAUCAUAAUUGUGAUGAUUUUGUUUGGUUGAUUAUGUUCUUGAUGUGUUUCCAUUGAUAGCGAGCAAUUUGGUAGUUCAUAGUGUGCUUGAAUGGCAAUGUGUGGUUCUUCGGUUUUAAUGGAUCAUUUGUAUUUUAUACAAUUUGUGAUUGUAUAUAGAAGGAUUUUGAAGUUUAUUUGAUAGUAAUGUAUGUCUCAUACUCCAGUCAAUACAAAUUAUACCGUUGA